AUUUUCAUUCUGCAGUGUAUUACUACGCCUUAUCUUCAUCAACCAGAAACUUUGAUCGACACGAUCCAAUCUAAAAUGGCCAGCUUCAAAUCUUGUAUCAUUUUCGUCCUGUUCGCCUUAGUUGCCGUCAUAAUGAUGAUGGCUCCGAGUGCUAUGGCCUGCAUCGGCAACGGAGGUCAUUGCCAACCCGAUGGCAGUAUGGGCAAUUGUUGCUCUGGAAACUGCUACAAACAGCAAGGAUGGGCUAUGGGCGAUUGCAGAUAAAUCAAUGUUUAAUUUAUAAUAUAUUGUUUAUAGGUUUAAUUUAAAUCUCCAACUCAUGAGCAUUCCAAGUUUUAAUUAUUAUUUAUGUUUCAAAUAUUAUAUUUUACUGUAAUGAAAAACUUUGUGCAAUAAAGUAAAUAUGAUUAUUUAUGAACUUGCAACUCUAAAAUUAUUCAAAAGAAUUCUGAAACUGAACGAUAUACUUAAGUUAACAUUUCGAUCAUGGAUUUACAAUGAAAGAAUAAAAAACACUACCAAAGCAUAAUUAAGAUCAUGCAAAUAUUUCAGAGCUUUAUUUCAGUACAUCACUUUUCAAAAAAAAAAUUGUACACUCCUUUCUCUUAUGCUUAAUCAAAUAAAGAAUAUUAUAAAGCGU